UCGCGCGCUGCGUCCCAGAACUCACCAGAACUGCAUAGACUCAGUGGAUGAAGAGUGCCUGAGAAGGCUGAGGGCUGCAUGUCUACAAUGGAGAAGACUGGUGCCAAGGACCAGCCUGCUCAAGGGGAUGAAGAGAAAGACUCUCCAAAGAGCCACCCUUACUCUGUGGAGACCCCCUAUGGCUUUCACUUGGACCUGGACUUCCUAAAGUAUGUGGAUGACAUUGAGAAGGGAAAUACCAUCAAAAGGAUUCCUAUCCACAGAAGGGCCAAGCAAGCCAAGUUUAGCACUUUGCCUCGAAAUUUCAGCCUUCCCGACAGUGGGGCUCGCCUUCGUGCCACUCUUCCCCAGCAAAACUGGUCUCCCAUGCUGCUGAGGAAGAUGUCCUUGGGGACACAGGAUCAAACCCAGUCACUGCCACUAACUGAUGAUUCUCUACAGGCCUCUGUGGGGGGCAGUGAGUUGAACUGCCACAGGAGGGCCCUGUUGGCGGAGGCCACCAGGCAGCUGGAGGCUGGUGCCUCUGAGGAUGCUGAGCUGACAGGUGGGAGAGGGCGGCCCCAGCUUCUGAGAGCGUCCAGCAUGCCAGCCACACUGCUGCAAAACCGGGCCUCCGAGGAGGCCAACCUGAGCACUGGCUUUGGUCAACCUUUUACCCUCCCUCCACUCCAGGGCGAAGGCACUAUUAGCGAUGGCACUUUUGGUCCUGCAGAAGGAUUCGCAAGUUUCCACAGCUCCAGCCCACAAGCAUCCUCCCAUCCAACAGGCAGGGAGCUGGGAGACCUGGGGCUGGUCUGGGAGGGGGCUGAGCCUGCAGAGGGUGAGGUAAAGGCUCUAAACCAUCAGUCUCAGCCAGGCCCUCCCUCCUUAUCCCAGAAUGCACCUGGGGUUCUAAAGGAUGUGGAGGACCAACAUCACCCCAGAGAGGCAGAAGUGGUGUUCACACCAGGCUCCUCGACACCCAGCCCACCUCCUCUGCCAUCACCCAUCCCUGAAAAUGAGCUCCUCCUGGAAGAAAUUGAGCUCAACAUCAGCGAGAUCCCACCCCCACCACCCAUAGAGGUGGAUGUGAGAAGCAUUGGCAUUUGUGUAACAGAAGAAAGCCUGGGCUUGUCUGGGACAGAAGCUGAUGGGAUUUCCAGCCUAAAGCAGCAGGUCUCUGCCCUUGAGAGCAAGUUGUCAGAAAGAACAGCAGAACUGGCUCAGGUCAGAGCUGCCUUCCAGCAACAGGAAAAGGAGAUGAAGGUUAGGGAACAGAUGAUUCAAGAGUUGGAGUGCACUGUAGCCCAGUUAGAAGAAAAGCUUGACCAGGAGCAUGCCAGAGAGGCCCAGGGCCAGGCUGACGCCAUGGUGAACACCGACCCUCUUCAUGAACUCUUAACCCGGGAAUCAUAUGACAAGAGUGUUGAGGUCAACCUCCUAAGCAUCACAGAUUCUGAAUGCUGGGGGUCUAGGGCAGAAGAGAAUGGCUUCCCAUGGACAAAAGAUAGUCAUACCAAAGGGAAUCAGAGAGCAACACAGCAUGUGCUGCCACCUCAGCUGUCACUGCCAAAGGGACCCGAGCAGGUCCUCACCUCGUCCUUAUGCAGCUGCCUCUCCAUGGAACUCAGGAUUGAAGAAGAGGGCCCUGAGCAAGAGAGUGGCUGUCCUUGGAGCAGUGACAGGGAGACUGCCCCAGCUGUCAGGGAAGAGGGCAGUUCAGAACUCCCAGGAGAGGACCACCCAGGAAGGCCCCUAAGAUCCUCCACAGAUGCCACAAUUGGGCAGUAUGUGAAGACGAUCCAGGAACUUCUACAGGAGCAAUGGGGCUGCCUGGAGCAUGGGUACCCAGAGCUGGCCAGUGCCAUCAAGCAGCCUGCCUCCAAGCUCAGCAGCAUCCAGAGCCAGCUGCUCAGCUCCCUCAACCUGCUGAUGUCUGCAUACUCUGCCCAGGCCCCAGGCCCAAAAGAGCCUACCCCCCAGCCCUCCGCCCCACCGGAGCUCUCCCCGUCGACCAGCCUUAAAUCCAUAAUGAAAAAGAAAGAAUAUGGCUUCCGUGCAGGAGGUAAUGGGACCAAAAAGAACCUUCAGUUUGUUGGGGUUAACGGUGGCUAUGAGACCACCUCUAGUGAGGAGACCAGUGGGGAGGACAGCUCCCCGGAGGACUUGUCUGACAGUGAAGUUGAGAAGAAAUGUGACGGCCCAAAAUCCAGGCAGGACCAGGAAAUUGACCCCAGCUGUAAGGCUGGGCAUGGAGUCCCCAAAGACACCCAGAACAAAGGCCAGGAAAUGGAGCCUGUGGAAGAAGUUUCCCAUCCCAAGGCUGAGAGAUACAAACCCUCAGAAGAAUUUCUGGAUGCAUGCCAGGCAUUGAGCCAACAUCUGCCAGAAACUGAGACCACCACCGACCAGCUCCUGAGGCAGAGUGUGAACACCAUCAGUCAAGAGUGGUUCCGGGUGUCUAGCCGGAAACUGUCUAGCCCCGCUGUGGUGGCCGCCUACCUCCUCGAGGCCCGGCGCCACCCCCCUCGUCUCCUGAAGCUGCUUGUCAACUUGGCUGAUCGCAGUGGGAACACAGCUCUGCACUACAGUGUGUCCCACUCCAACUUCGCCAUUGUGAAACUGCUGCUGGGCACAGGUGUCUGCAAUGUGGAUCAUCAGAACAAAGCUGGCUACACUCCCGUGAUGAUCACUCCCUUGGCUUCUGCAGAGACGAAGGAAGACAUGGCCGUUGUCUGGAAGCUCUUACGAGAAGGAAAUGUGAACAUCCAAGCCACGCAGGGAGGCCAGACUGCGCUGAUGCUGGGAAUCAGCCAUGAUCGGGAGGACAUGGUCCAAGCGCUCCUGAGCUGCCAGGCAGAUGUCAACCUGCAGGACCACGAAGGAGCCUCUGCCCUCAUGUUAGCCUGUCGCCAAGGCAACGUGGACCUGGUACGGCUGCUCUUGGCACACCCAGCCUGCAACAGCAGCCUGACUGACAAGGCUGGCCGCACAGCUUUGUCCACGGUUCUGAACUCACCCACCCACAUGGAAAUUGCAGGGCUUCUUCGGGCCCACGCGGAGCAGGGCAGGCCCCUGGGGCACUAGGGGAACAAAGGCGGCUUCUCUGGAUACUCCCUCCUUCUUGGGGAGGGCAGGGGUCAUAGCCAAAGGGCUGCUCCUAAGAAAAGAAACUAUGUCAGAUAUGCGCAUACAUUCCUGCUGUGCCAUUCUGCUCAUUAGGAUGCUUGGUAGAUUUUGCCUUAGGACAAGCCCCCUAACUACACGGGCUGCAGAGCAGGGUGCAGUGGGGCAGUCGGAACACCCAACACAUCCUCAACCUUGAGUCCCUGAGAGUUCGCGGCACUGUGUAGGAGUAGUUAGUUGGGCAGGGGCUCAUGUGCACAGUAGAAAAGCAAUACUUUUCCCAUGGAGUUUUAAAGUGCGCCAUCUUUUUGCUUUCAUGAAGUAUGUACAUAUAUGUCCCGUUGGAUAUGCAUGUCUAGAGAAAGGGAGAGAAAAUCUAAAAUUGAACGAGGUAGCAAAAAGCACAUUGGUGUCAACACCGAGUAUAGUCAUGACACUUCUGAGCUAUACAGUGACUCUGUUGUGCUCCAUGGAAGUUGGAACUAAACAGGAAAUCCACCAUGCAUCACCACACAUCAUUGGAAAAAUAGAGUCCAGUUGGUUUCAGUUAGUUUAAGCAGAGUCCAGUUAUUUCAGCUGUCUCCAACUAUGAAAGAAACAAAUGAAUCAGCAGGCUUCUCCCUGGGGAUGAUGACGGUCCUUAGAGGACACCCUCUUACCCAGAGCUGGAACCGUAGGGUUCCUAUGAGGAAGCACCUGCUCUGAGAUGUUUCAGGCCCCUGAGUGCAUGCUAUUGAGCUUGGGCUGCUACUGCGGCCAGAGUCCUCCCUGGAUGGCUAUCUCUCUCUAGGGACAGUUCUCCUCAAGCUUCCUAUUCUCUAGGGCCUGCACAUGAUGCAUAGUUCAUAUUUAUAACACCCAAGCUGUUCUAUGAAUUUGUUCUUAAAGUGUCUUAUGCAAAAAGUCCUCCUUAUAUAAAAAGGAGGUGAGCCUCACACUGAAAACCCAAAGGCAAGAGUUCCAUUUGGGCUGGAAUACCUGUCUGCUUGGUACCCACUGGUUGAGUCACAGAACCUUCAUGGGCACCAGCUCAUCAUCUCCAAAAGCAGAAGUGAUCAUAAGCCUACCUCCUGCUGAUGGACGCUUGAAGAUCCAGCUUAAAGGAUGUCUUCAGAACUGCUGAAGCAAACUUGUGUCCACUGCUGUGGUUCCUAAGAGAUGCCCAAAGUCUCAGCAAGGGAGCAUUGCUGUCUGUGGACACUGCAUAGGCAUGGAAAAAUGGAGCAAAGGAUGAGCAAAAAUGUUCUUUAAGUGGGAUUAUUUCGACAUUAAAACAUGUUGUAAAAGCAAAAACCUACAUUAAUAAACGUGCUAGCCCAAUGCUUUGCAAACAACUCCAGCCCCCUAGGGAUCUUGUUGUCUCACAGUACAUCUGGAAUAAGGCCCAAGAUUCUGUUUCUAACCAGUUCCCAGAGAAUGCUGAUGCUGUUGGGCCACAACCCCUCUCUCAGUAGCAAGGCUCUGGCUUGUUCUUAUUCUUUAUAAAUUAAAAUACACCUGUUGAUUUGUCUCAAA